AUGAGUUUAAUUUCAACACUGAUAUUUGUAGAGAACAGUAUGCAAAGAUUCUGGCCACUGUUUUCAACGACGCCAGUUUUUCUCAAAUCAGCCCAUACCAAUUUCCAAAGCAUGAAGUUCAAUGUUUGUUUUGUUUUGGGUGGACCAGGCGCUGGGAAAGGCACAGUGUGUCAGCAAAUAGUACAAGAGUAUGGAUACACGCAUUUAUCUGCCGGUGAAUUAUUACGACAAGCUCGUGACUCAUCAGACUCUGAGUUCGCUAACAAAAUACAAAUGCAUAUGAAGAAUGGAACAAUAGUACCAGCGAAAAUAACUUGCGGCUUAUUAUAUCAAGAAAUGACAAAAACUUAUCAGAAAUCUGGUUGUGUAAAUUUUCUCGUAGAUGGCUUUCCACGUAAUGAUGAUAAUCGAUUGUGCUGGGAAGAGGGUAUAGGCCCUUUUACAGUUUUGAAACGUGUCAUCGUACUAGACUGUCCGGAUGACAUUUGUAUACAACGUUGCCUUGGACGAAAGUCGAAUCGAGUGGAUGAUAAUGAAGAAACUCUACAGCAUCGUAUAAAACAGUUCAAGGAACAGUGUAUGCCAGUGAUUCAAUUUUAUGAUGCACAAAAUCUAGUGACAAUAAUUGAUGCAAAGAAGUCGAUACCGGAGGUAUACGAUCAAGUUCGACAAAUGAUGAAAAAGUUGGAUAGUUGA